AGAGAGGGGGGGGUGAAAGCAAAAAAAAGCUUCUGCUACAGCAGCCAACAUUCCUGCGGAUCCUAAAAGCCUUUGUUUUGUGCGCAGGAGCUGGACUCGACUAUUAAAACGAUUAACUAUGCAGUAAACAGGCUGGAAAACGAUGGCCCGGCUAUGAUUUUCAGCGUAAUGAGAUUAUAUGGCCUUUGUUGUCGACAGUGAACUGCUGGAAAAAGCCGAGGCCUUGUGUACAGAUAUGCGAGCUGUGCCACAUAGCAGGCGUUAUUCAUCAAACAGAAAUGUCGCUUUUUUGUCAGAUUGAAGGACUGGAGGUGUCUGUGGUGUCAAUCUGACCUGCAAAACGGCAUUUCUCAUCUACAGCCAGCCGUCGCCUGGUUGUGUAUGUAUAAUUAAAUUGCAGGUGGAGGCUCCUCGGAUACUUAUUUAUGAUUCAGCGGACAAAAGCAUUGCGCUGCGUUGUGAUUAUUGAAGGGAAUCAGGCGUCCUUGAGGUCCUGACAAAAAAAAAAAAAAACAGAUUCAGGUUUUAAAAACAGCUCCGUGUCUGUGUGUGUGUGUGUGUGAUUAGUAAUCAGGGUGUGGACUGGACUGGAGCAGUCCUUUUCUCGAGGUUUUCAUGCCUCGUUUGCUGGUCUGAAUCAUAAUCCGACGUUGAAGUAGGUAAGGGCCUGAGCAGGCAGCAGGAAAAGGAUCAAGUGUCUUUUCAUGUGCUAUACAGAGAUUCAUCCACCCCAUGAUCUUGUGAUUUUUUUUAGAUAUUUAGUUCUCUGUGCCUUGUUUGCAUUUCACGGUUUACCUGUAGCAGACAGGAUUUUAGCUUCCUGUAGGCCUGUGAUCACACUCAGAGGCUGUGAAGGCAGGCCCUCUGUGUUAGUGUCUGUGUGUGAUUUAGAGGAAAGGAAAGCACGGUUUACUGUAAUCUGUUCAACGUCAGCCCCUGCUGUGUGUGUUGAAAUCACCAAGGUGUUGUCAUCCUCGCCCUGAAGCCUUCUCUUGUCAAUUUCUGGAAUUUGCCUUCAUGCUGCAGCAAUAAGCAAUACUCAUCCCCCUGUCAGGGAGACUUGUCUGAUUUGGUCACAAGGGUUAAAACACGCAGACUGAUCUGUCAGGACUGCGUCAGGUCUGUUUUUAUAUUUUCCCUAAGACUCUUUUUUUUUUUUUUUUUUGAGAGUGUCAGUUUUCCUUUGAGGACACAGAGAGAGGCUUGGAGGUGGAAAACAGUCGGUGUAUGCCUGCCCGCACCAUGAUGACCUCUGACAUGGCUGAGACGUGGAGGAACUGUUUCGAGGAGGAGCUCAUCUGCCCCAUCUGCCUGCACGUGUUCUCAGAUCCCAUCCAGCUGCCCUGCAAGCACAACUUCUGCCGGGGCUGCAUCAGCGAGGCCUGGGCCAAAGACUCCUCGCUGGCCCGCUGCCCCGAGUGCAAUCAUGCUUACACACAGAAGCCCAGCCUGGAGAAGAACCACAAACUGUCCAACAUAGUGGAGAAGUACAACGCCCUGAGCGUGGAGAAGGCCACCACGCCGGCGCUGCAGUGCAUCCUGUGCCGCCGAGGUCCGCCACUCCCCGCUGUGAAAGUCUGCCUGCGCUGCAACGCCCCGUGCUGCCAGUCUCAUGUCCAGACGCACCUGCAGCAGCCGUGCUCGGCCCUUGGGCACCUGUUGGUGGAAGCCGAGGCGGUGAAGGCCUGGACCUGCCUGCAGCACGACGAAUACAGGCUGUACCACUGCGAGGCCGAGCAGACGGCCGUGUGUCAGUACUGCUGCUUCGCCCGCUGCCACCCCAGCCACGGACAUGCCGUCACCGACGUGGAGCUGAGACGUAACGACAUCAGACAAAACCUUUUAAGACAGCAGGAGCAUGUGGAGGAACGAGUGCAGGAGAUCGAAGAGCAGCUCUGCAAACUGGACUCCGACAAGUGUGUGGUGGAGGACAGAGUGUGUGAGCUGAAAGAGGAAGUGCGUCUGCAGUACCAGCGGAUGCACCAGCUACUGGAGGAGGAUCUGGGUCGGACGCUGGAGGCUCUUGAUCGCGCUCAGGCUCGGUUCUGCCAGGAGAAUGCCGCCCAGGUUUUGGUUCUAGGCGAGCAGCGCCACGAGGCCCAGAAGCUGCUGAGCUCCAUCCACACGGCCUUCAACAAGGCAGAGGAACUGAGCUUCAUGAAAAACACCAAGCCUGUUAAAAUCCUCACAGACAGGUCUCAGGCAUGUGUGGGCAGCAGUCUCCCUCCGUACAAAGUGGGUAAUCUAAACUCCAAACUGUUCCUCUCUGAAAUCUCAAAAAGAGAGAAGAGCCUGAAGAGAACGUUGGAAGCUCCCCUCACCCCUCCCUCAACCUUCCUGCAGUCUGUUCCUGCGUAUCCCAGCGGCCAGAGCUCUGGCUCGGGAACAGAGAAACGGAAACAUUCCACUGCCUUCCCAGAGGGCAGCGGGAACGCCGGAAAAAACGCUGCGCCAGGUUUCAAGGACUCCUCCUCCUCUUCCUCAUCUUCCUCCUCAUCCCUAUCCAAACAGCCCUACCUGGGCUCUGGCUCCGCCUCCGGAGAAGGCCAGUCAACCAAUCAGCAGCCUCUCGGUCCCUGCGGCCCGCCUCACAUCAGCGAGAGCAGUGGGACAGGAAGCGGAAGCGGCUCUCUGACCAACCACCACUCGGGCUCCGUGUUCGGCUCCUCGCACUUUCCUCCGGGAGGCAGCAGCUCCUCGCACUCCUCCCAGCAGGCCGUGCUGCCUCAGUACGGCGGCCGCAAGAUCCUGGUGUGCACGAUGGAUAACUGCUACUGCUCCGGAGUGCCCUCUGUGUCAGGCCACCGCAGCCACCCUCCGUACCCACGUUCAGGCUCCUUCCCCUGGGUCAGCGCCCAGGACUACCCCCCUCCCCCUGGUCUGGCCUCUGGAGGUCCGUCCAUGCAGGGCCUGGCUGUGAGGGACUGGAUAGACGCCUCUCAGACACACAGACACGCAGAUUUUUACGGGCUAUAUGGGCAGCCGUCUACAAAGCACUAUGUCACCAGUUAACAGAGUAGAGACACACACACACACACACACAUACACACACACACACACACACCCAUAUACAAACACUCUUGGAUAUAGAGACAGGCACCAAAAUAGCACACCUUUACUGACUUAUUAACCAUAAAACACAAUGCAGUUAUUGUCUACACACCCAGUAGAAUAUUAAAAUUGAUAUCCACACACUGAUCUAGAACAUAUACAAAUAUUCGGGGGCAGGGUUGAUCUCUUUGUGUGUUUAUUUUUCUCAUUAUUUUUCAUUUUCAGUCAGUGUUUCAUGUUGUGUAUGAUACAUAAACAGCCAUCUGCAUCACUCUGGCACAACUUAGCUCAGCGUUUUACACAUUAACGACAAACCAGAGGCCUGAGAGGAGACAUCCCUGCAUCCUUUUAUUUAUAGUGCAGGAGACGGAUUGAUAGAAAAUGAACUUUUAUUAGGAAAUCUUCUCAUGCCUCUUCACAGCUUCUUACUGACGUUAAAGGGAAAAGCGAUAUCACCGUGCAGGUUUGACCUUUCCAGUUUAGCGCUUCGUCUGAUAUAAUCGCCCCUCCAGUCGUACUGAGGUCAGUUGCCUUAUGUUAUUAGCAUCACAUUUUGCUCUGCCCGGCUCACUUUGUUUGAUAGAUCCUUUAAUGAGGCACUGCAUCCCCUUCGUGUCUCCUUGAUUUUUAUCAUCAUGGCAACUCUUCCUUUUUUUGCUGAGUUCAGGGAUGGAUUGUACGGCUUGAACACUAAACGCUCUUCCAUGGAACACCCACAAUGCACUUGUGGACGCCUUGUUAUGCUUGGACUACAGACCUGCAGAGGGAUAUAAGAGCUUAACAUUUGGGAAUAUUGUUCUUAUUCUCAAUGCUCUUUUUUUCUGCUCCCAGGCUCCCCACAGGACAGAAGCUCUUCUUCUGACAAAGACUGUUUCCAUUUAGUACUUAUAAUGACUUUGUGUUAUUUGGUACAUCUGUAUGUUUAUUGCUCAACUAGAGAGACUCUAUGAUUUUAGAGAAAAAAGACAAGACUUGACAAACCAAACCAAUCAAGCAUCUGGAGGAUCUGAUGAUGCUGUAAUUGUACUUCCUGCAGGGCAAAGAUGUCACUUCCUCUCAAUAAGCACACAAGCUCUUGGCUUCCUGUUUGCAGCUGAAAGCAUGCAAGGAAGAUUUUUUUAAAGCACUCAAAAGAAGAAGAAGAACAAUGGGGGAUAAAUGUAUGCAGAACUGAAAAUAAGGAGAGUGGAAGGACUUUUUUUCAUGAACUUUUUCUAAAAGAACUAGACUGGACUGCAAGAUGUAAGCAAUUGUCAUCAUCCUAAAAAGGAGCUGUUACAACAGUUAACAUGAAUAAAAAAACCAACAUUAAAGUAUCUUUUUUUGUAAAUAUUUUGUGAAAUGGAAAAAUUGCAGACGUGAUUUGGAGAAGGGUUCCAAAUAAACGAACAAAUUAAAACUGG